AUGGCGGAGCUCAAGGACCAGGUGGAGGCCGAGAUGGCGCGCUACCGUGUGCUGCAGGACGAGGUGCAGGCGCUGGCAACCAAGCGCCAGACGUUCGCUCAGCAAGCCAACGAGAACGACAUGGUGAAGAAGGAGCUGGACUUGCUGGACGACGGGGCCAAGGUGUUCAAGCUCGUGGGCCCCGUGCUGCUGAAGCAGGACGUGGACGAGGCCAAGACGAACGUCACCAAGCGCCUCGAGUUCAUUAACAAGGAGCUGAGCAAAGUGAGCACGAAAAUCGAGGCUACGGAGAAAGAGGCCGUCGGAAUCCGGACCACUAUCUCGAGCCUGCAGAUGGAGAUGCAGAAGCAAGCUGCAGAAGCUGCUCGGGGUGCGGUCGCGACUUACUAG